UCUUUUCAUUUUGAUUAGUGUUCAUUUUCUUCAUCUCAUCCUUUUUUCUUUCAUCAUUUCCUCUAUUCCAUCCACUUACAUAUCCUAAAAUGGAAGAAACUGAAUUCAAGAAAUACAAAAUUUGACCUCUCCCCUCCCUUUACCCUACAAUCGAAGAAAAUGAAUUCAAUGAAUGCAAAAUUUAACCCCUCCUCUCGUUUUAUACCCUCGUUCCCUCAGAGGAGCUGGGUCAAUGAAAGCAAAAUUUAACCCCUCCUCUCGUUUUAUACCCUCGAACCCUCAGAGGAGCUGGGUCAAGGAAUAUAUAAUUCAACCCCUCCUCUCGUUUUAUACCCUCGUACCCUCAGAGGAGCUAGGGGUGGGCGGGGCUGACCUAGCGAGCCUGUUCGGCAAGCGACGUCGCAGGAGGCAAAUCUUCGGCGGCGAGGAUCAGUCCAACGCUCAGUCCUUCGGCAACGCUCUCAGCACUGGCGCUGGAAUAUUCGGCAGCACAUUGGGGUUGUUUCUGGACAAGGUUUGGGCGGCGUUCCGGGAGUUUAUAGAUGGCACAGAGAGCAUUGGUUUACUCGCCAUAGACCAACUGGGAGAAAUGCUCUCGAGUGCCACAUCGAAAUCAAAUAACUCCACUACAACCACCACACCUACAACAACUUCAACUACUACUACUACAACCACUACUGAAGAUCCUGUUUUGAUCAAGCGCCGGUAGCGCUCUAGGAAUCUUCCUAGACUCCGUAUGGGAGGCGUUCCGUAAUUUCCUACGAGCCACUGAGACCGUCGGACUCUUAGCCCUGGACACUAAAAAUGACCUCAUACUGGGCACCACCACCGAGGCAGGGCAGACUGAAGAAGAUGUCACCGAAAAAGCUGUUGUUGAUGCCAACCUUAAUGGCGACGAGCUCGUCAGGAGACGGCGACGACAGCGACAAUAGAUUGUUUUUAAUGUGAUGAAGACAGCUAUAGGUUCAGAUAUUGACGUUGUUGCUCUAGGAAUGAUGUGAAGUUAUUGCUUAAUUUUCAGGAUUUAUUGACAUUUGUUUCAUUAUAUCGUUAAAAUAUACCUUACAGAUUUAAUUGGUAUUGUUAGAAACAUUGCAUUGAAUGUUUUACUUAAUGUCUGUCGCCAAAAUUUUUCAUGUAAAUAUGUACAUCAAUAUACAUAUGUUGACCCUAUUUAUGAACUAUAGUAUGACUUAGACGAUGCACUCAUUGGUCAUUUAAUACCUUUUCCGUAUUUAUUUUAAUAGACUUUCCUUAAGAAGGAUCAUUUCUGUACAUUGAACUUCUUCAUAUUUCUCUACAUGCUUACUUUAAUUUGAUUGCUGAAAAGAGAGACUUUCGAUCGAACGUAUAAUCGACCGAAAUAAGGGAAACCAUACGAAAUAAUAAUACUUACGUCUAACCUCAGUAUAACCAUCGAAUGCAACGUUAAGUUCCAACUCAUUAAGUGAUAUAUUUCGUAGUGAGAUUUAAAUCUAAAUCUAAAUAAUCUUUAGAUAGCUUAUAAUCCUCCAACAAUUCCUGCUUUGCCAUGAACGGAUAAAAUAAAUCGGAAGGAUUAACGUUCUUCAAUUAGCACGAUAACUUGUCAAGGACGCAAGAAAUAUUAAUUGUUUCAGUCACUGGUUCAAUUUUGUGUGAUAAUUGUUAAAAGAUACGACGUUAUUUGAUCAAUUUGUAAAAAUGUUCUUUAUUUGAGUGAAAUAGUGAGUAGUACACUGAAAUAAUUAAAUUUUAAUUUUAUAAUCAAUUUUACAAAAUUUUGGUGAGAAAGAAUUGACAGGUCUUAAUAAAAUUCUAGCUUAACUUUUAAUUCAAGAAGUCUGGAAAUUACUGAAUUGUUGAUCCUAAUUAUUUAGUUUAGAUGUAUCGAAACCAAAUUCUUAAAUUUUAAUUGAAAAUUCAUCUAGAAGUUAGUGUGGCCUAUAGUUCUUAUAUAGUUUUCAAACUUAUUUGUGGCAUGUAAGUCAAUUGACUUGAAAAUUUAAACUGAUAUCAUUAAGUAUUUUUUUAACUUAACGAGCGAUGGCUCAGUUUUGUGCGAGUGGGCAAUGUUAUAAAAUAUUCGCUGUUGAAACUUUUGAAUGUUUGCGUGUAAUAAAUAAAUUAUAUAUUUAUAAAUUAUUUUUUAAUGUUGACCCUAUUAUAUACAUGAGUCACUAUAGAAUAUAGUGACAUAUAGUCACUAUAGCAGAAGAUGCAUCGAAGUAAUUCAAGAGUAAUUUUUAUUACUUCUUAAUAAAAGAAACGUAAAUUUGGAUCUCUUUGCGCAAAUAAAUUAAAAGCUAACUUAGUUCCCUGAUACCAAUAAAAAUUCUCCAGAAUAACAUAAAGCUAUGUAUUUUGUGUUUCGGUCACGUAUCAGGGAUGUCACUGCCUACGAGCAGUACAGCGUCUCGUGGUUGAUAGUAGCAAUAUUUAGAGCAGACGAUGGCUGAAAAUUUUACUAAAAACAAACUUUAAAAUUUAAGAAUGAAGACUUCGUUUCAAUCACUUGUUAUACUCAAUAAUAUUGACAUGUUAAUUGUAAACGCCUCUCCCUGUCGUACUUACGUACUAGAGCAGGCCUCUACUCCGUAUCCUGUCCUUUAUUACGAUCAAUAUGUGCAGAUUGCGAUCAGAUAUAACUAUUCAAGGAGGUGUUGAAUAAUUCGAUAAUUUAUUGUUAAUCGUUAGGGUCCCAACUACUGCUGUGAGUGUCUUAUCUUUAUGAAACAUAGCAAUACUUUUAUGUCCUGAAUAUAUCGAUAUAACUUUCCUCGCGCGUGGAAUAAACCGAAAAAUCUUUUACAGUAACUGGCCAAUGUAACACAAAUUGUUGACGUAGUCGAUUGCGCCAGAGAUUGUUUAAUAAAUAAAAGUGUUUGUUGUAGCUUGUGUCAAUUGCUUCGCCUAAAAUUAAGAUUUUUCUUUUUAUUUUCAGCUUCCAAACAAUAAAGGAAACUGAGAACUUC